AGUGGCGCUCCAGACUACUGCACGGUGCGUUAGCAAAACGAGCUCCGACAACAUCUUACUUUUUAUAAUUUUUUUUUAUUUUGUUUAUUCAAAAUUAGUGUAACUGAAAAAAAAAUAAUAAUAAUAUAUCAAAUAAGCUUAUAUUAAAAAAUUAAACUAUUGCCUAAAAAUUUCUGAAUUAAUAAAAAAAAAGAAUUUCUGCGUAAAUAAAAAAAGAAAAAGGACAACAAUAAAAAAGUUUUUCCGGAUGACUAAUAAUCGAUUCAUGUAAAAUUUUUAAUUUUUGUCUGAACACAAAAAGGGCGUCGAAAGACGUGACACAGUUGUCGAAUCGUUCUGAAGAAUAUACCAAGAGUGAAAUAAUGAAAGUUUAUUUAAUAGUAUUGACUUUAGCAGUCUUCGAUGUACUUGGGACUACCACAGGAUACCCAUCGCGAGUGAUUCUAUCAAAUGGGAGUGCAGUCACAAACAUCAGGGGUGUUUACGAGGAUUCCAUUGCUGCUGCAUCUGAAGUUCAUAGCGAAGAUUAUAAUGACUCAGAUGAUUCAGAUAUAUAUAUGGAACCAGAUGGAGCCGAAACCGAGAAUCGAGAAUCUGAACAAGCUACAAAACCACCAGCUACACUCUCAAUUGACGAAGAAUCAUUAUCUGCAGCGACAACAGUAGCAGAUCCGGGAACCGAAGUUCAUAAAGCUGAAAUAGGACUAACAGCUCAAGAAGAUAAAAGCUUAGAACAAGAAAGUCAGAAUUUCUUUCCAUCAUUUGCAGAAUUAUUUGCCAAUCAUCGACUUACGUACAAUGAGCAACAACAGCAGCAACGUUAUCGCCCAAAUCGUUUUCUUGGUUAUUUUCAACGUGAUCGUAAUAAUGCCUAUCAAACAUCAGCAUCGACAUCCAAAGAUACACAACAUCCAUUACUAGGUUCGGGUAACUUUGGCGUUAUACGAGGUGGAACAUAUUACCCUGAAGAAAAAGAAAAUGAUGAAUACAAUGUUGAUGAAAGUUUGUAUAACCCCUACUAUUCGUCUAGUUCUGCUGCUAGAGGAAGAUCAACAAAUUAUUAUCGAAAUCCUAAGCCACAACCAGUGCGUGCUGGGGACUUUUUUUCAAAUUUCCGGGAUUUUGCUGAUAUUACAGCACCCCCUAAAUCUAGUUUCUCACAUUUAUCUGUUGUUUAUGCUAACAGAAACGGCACAAAAAGUAGUAGAGCUGAAGGAACCACAGAACCAAGAAAUAUUAUUGAAACUUUGAAGAUGUUAGAAGAAGAUAAUAUUGAGGAUGACAAUAUGACAACGAUUGAAGCACCGAUGAAAAAGUUGAGUCAAGGCAAAAGAAAACUUUUAAAAAUGAAAAAAUACCAUGAAAGCAAAGCUAGAAAAUUUCGUAUGACAGUCGAGCCAUUGCUUGCUCUAAGUUGAGUUGAUUAAUUAAUUUUAUUUGUAUUAAAAAAAUCAUGACGUAUUCUUUAAGAGUGUGUAUUUUUUGUAUCGAGUGUGCGAGUAAUUUGGGAUGAUAUUACAUCCCGGACAUAAUCUGGCCUCGAGAGAUCAGAACCAAAGUAAAAAAAAAGUUAACAUUCUUUUUUUCAAAGUUUCAUGCAACGAUACAUAAAAUGUGUACGAUGAAUCAUUAUCAAUUGAUUCAACUCUGAUCAGUAUAACAUUUUACUAUAACCUAUAAAUAUAGAAGAAUCUAAGAGAAUCGCGACAUAAAGGUUAUAAGAAAAAAUUUAAGAUAUUGUAGUACUAAAAAAUCGAUUUGACAUUUAUUAAAUAAUAUGUCACAAAAAUUGAGCAUUGAAUGUGGUUAGAUCAAUAAUUAUCAUUGUUUUCAUUAUUAAACUAUAAAUUAAUAGACUACAGAUUUUGUUUUUUAGUUUGUUUGUAGAAAAUUCAAAGUAUUUGUUUUGCCUCCUUGUUUGUAGGUUUCAUUUAAAAUUUUUCAGAAGAUCCAAAUUCUACACGAUUUAAACACAUAAUCCAAGAUACUUUUUUAUGCCCCUUCGUUGCAACUGUUUUUUUUUCUUUUUUUUUUCCUUCAUACAAUAUUGAAAUGUAACCGUAUAAUUACUUUUCCAUUAAUUAUUUCAACUCUGGUAAAAACAUGUAGUUUCUAUUUAAUUUAUUACACAUCGUUUCUUUUUUUUUUAUUUUCUUGUUUUUAUCGUAAGAGAGUCUAAAAGACUUUAUGUAACUUAUGUCCGAAGAAUACACCACUAGCUGGCUAAAGUUAGUCGCCUAAAAUUUUAUACUAAAAUGAAAUUCUUUCUGAAUGGUCAAAAGUGUAAUUUACUAUAUAUUAAAUCACUAAUUUUAAUAUUAAAUCAUGAAAUUUAAGUGAGAUAGAUCGUGUAUAUUUCUACUCAAUGAUUCAAGCCACUAACGAAUUAAUGAACUCCUUUUUUUAUUGAGUCAUUUUGAAUUUAGCUACUUCAUUAACAUGACUAAAGUCUCUAGACUGCACAGUGCAUCUAAUUAAUCACCACACACUUGCAUGGAUUCAUGCAAUAUCAGCUGAAUUUUACAACCUCACAUAUUUCUAUUAAUUGAUAUGACAUAACACCAAAGUUGACAUUUUUUUCUUAUUGAGUGAAUAGUUUUCAAUUUAACAAAUUAUCUAUACCCAUUGAGUAUGAAUCUUUUUUAAUAAUAAUAUAGUAAAUUUAUUUUACAUGCCCAACUGCAUGACUCUAACUGUAGACAUUUAGCGGCGUUUUUUCCGGGCAUUCAUUACAUAUGCUAUUGUAUACAUAUAGUAAGAUCGAGUAGUGUACUCUCGUGUAUUGACAACACUCACUUCACUUGUGCCGCGAAACCCUCACUCAAGUAUAAUCCCGAUUUUACAAGAUGUAUACUAUCGUAGUGCUGAUGAGGGCUAAGUAACAAAAAAAUCUAGUAUUGUGAUUUCAACUCUUGUUUAAUGAUCAACUUUUCAAAGCAUUCAACCAUACCUUAAUAUUACUUGAUAAUAUUGAUUAAUUUUUUUUACUCUACAUUUUGAGAAUAUUGUUAUGUCAUUAAUAUUUACAAGUAUAAGAACAUUUAAGUUAAAAAAAAAAAAUUUGCAAAAAUUUCAUUAUUAUAUUGACAUUAAUUAGGCGAGAAUUGACGUAUAUUGUUAUGUUAUUUGUUGUUGAGUAGUGCAGUGGUAACGAUAUUUUUUAGUAAAAUGUGUGUAUAAUUGAAUAUUGUUUUAAUAAUAAAGAUAAGGUAUAUUAGUUAAAAUAGAUUUUAACAUUAACGAUAUUUUUUUUUUUGUAAACGAUUGCAACAUAUGUAUAUAUGCCCAUCUUAAUAGGUAAUUAAUAAAUAUUUUCUCA